AUGGCGCCCGAGGUCGUACCUAAAACGGCAGUGAUCAUACCCUUCGAAUUCAGACGCCAGGUAUUUGAGUCUGUACACAAUCUUGCACGCCCAGGGGUUAAGGCUACUGUCAAGCUCAUCUCAGAAAAGUUUGUGUGGCAUGGCCUACGACGUCAGGAUGACCUGGGAUAUUCAUCAGCAGAACUGGUCUAUGGCGAGCUGCUGAUUGUUCCAGGUGAUCCUUUACCCUCUGAAGCAUCUGCCUGGUCAGCAACAGAUUUUUUAACAGCUUUUCGAGCUAAAGUACAGUUCACUAGGCCUAGACCGGCUAUCCAGCACUGUGACCCAGUCACAUACUUCCAACCAUCUUUGUUAACAGCGAAGUAUGUUUACAUCCGCUCAACAACAGUGAAAAGUUCACAUCAAAGACCAUACAAAGGUCCUUACAUGGUUCUCGCCCCAGGAGAAAAGACCUUCCUUCUGGACAUCGGAGGCCGCACGGAACGCAUUUCAGUAGAUCGCCUCAAGCCUGUACAGGUAGACCCUGCCCAACCAGUCCAUCUACAGCAACCAGCACGAUGCAGCCGCCCUCCGGUGUUGCGGGAACCAAAGCCUACCCUUAGGAACACCGACGGGCGGGAGCAAGUAACAGAGGCGGUUCACCACAGACAACUCAUGUCACGUGCUGGACGUCAUGUGCGUCCACCCGCACGCUACCAAUGA